UUGUAUUCAUUUCUAAAAGAGAUUAUCUUGUAGAAAAUAUGUAAUUAUGUUUUAAAAUGGGUGACAGGAGAACUUUAUUUUCAACACUUAACUGCUUGAUCGCUGCAGGAGGAGAAAGGUACAGAACAGAAGGAUCUAUUCCUAGUGAGAUCUUGGUUGGUUUGCACAGUAUACUCGGAGACGUUGUAAUCUCAGCCCUAGAUCUAGUGGAUAGAAGGAGUGUAUUUCUACUGAGUGAAUCCGAGGGACCUAGGGCUGUUUAUCUGGUACAAGGAUCCAGGGGGGUUAAAUAUAACGUCAAGAAGUUCUCACAUUACUGCAGCUGUCCUUCCUUCCAGUUUCAAGUUCUACGCGGUAGCGGAUUAACCUGUAAGCAUCUUCUAGCUCUUGCUCUUGCUGACAGUUGUGGAACUGUUCGAGAACGUUCUGUUUCAAAAUCCGAGAUAAAGAUUUACAUGAAGCAGCUGUAAACUUAAAUAAUAGAACUACCAGGGUUCCUCGUACCAAGAUGAACAAUGAUUUAAAGAAACCAACUGUCCUUGAACAUCAGGAUUUCUGGGUUCCUCUAGCCCACUGUAAUGUUGAAGAAAUAACAAAAGACCAGUGGAAGAAAGCUUGUGAUAUUAUUAUUGAUAAACCACAGAGUUUGGAUAAAAGAGUUGCAGGGCAGGUCCUUCUAGGAGCUGAUACAUUUCCAUACCUAGAACUAGGAGAGGAGCUUAUAUUAAACCUUGAGAAGGAGAAAACCUGGCAGAAUAUCCAGAAUCUUCUUAAUCAAAAAAGACAAAAUACUGCUGGUCAAACCGAGGAUAAGUGUGAUAUUGUUUUUAAGCUGCAGAAACUGGUUUCUAGAAAUGAUCUGAAAUUCCAAGAUUUCCAUCGUAUCCUGGUUUGCUCAGAGUUUAAAGCUGUUUUUAUUCCUAUUGCAGAGGAUUCUGUUCCAUACAGGCUAACAUAUAGGAAUGAAGGAUGCGAACUGAGUGUAUCGAAGGGUCUGAAGGAUCAGCAGAAGGUUUGGUUGGAAUCAAGAUUAUUUCCGAGAUUUGUAUCCUGGCUCCAGGAUACAUUAUCCAACCUUCAACCUAGUCUUAGACUAGUAGAUCUAGAGGAGUACUGCAGGGAGUACUCGAGGUUGAAGAGUAAGUAUGCUGGAGACCUGAUCUCUAACUGGAAGGAAACUAGUGAUGCUGAGAAGAGUAUUCAUGAAGAUAUUGGUAUAGCUGCCUACCUAACCUGUAUCUGGGGACAGAAGAAGAUUAGUUUCGUGGACCUUGGUUGCGGAAACGGGUUGCUUGUUUAUAUACUGAACAGUGAAGGACACAAGGGGAUAGGAUAUGAUCUGAGAAGGAGAGGUAUCUGGGAUUGGUUUCCUACUAAACCUGAGCUCAGAGAAGAACCUAUUAUCCCUGGAGUAGAAACCAGGUUCCCUGGGAUAGAUUGGAUCCUUGGGAACCAUAGUGAUGAACUAACCCCCUGGAUACCAGUCUUCGCUUGUCUUUCAGGUCCUAACACAUGCUAUUGGGUUCUACCUUGUUGUACAUUCGACUUUACGACCAAAUACCAGAGAAGAAAUGCGGGAGAUUCAAUAUUCCGAGACUAUCUAAACUUCGUCAUGGAGAUAGGAUGCUUAGCAGGGUUCAGAGUAGAGGAGGAUAAGAUGAGAAUACCUUCAACCAAGAGGAUUUGUCUGGUUGGGAAACCUAAUGAUACAAACUAUGAGGAACGAAAGCAGAAAGUUCUUGAUUUUGUUGAAGAAAAGAGUCGAGGAUUCAAACCAAGGGAGAAAGUUGAAAAAGUACGGAACUGCACAAAGAUAGGAAACGAGAUAGUAACAAAUAUAGUUAAUAUAGUGGUGAACCUCUGCCUGGAGACUAAUCAAGAGUUGAUUAAAGAGUCGGGAGAAACUUGGAACUCUGGGGGAGAGUUAUCCUUUCCUCAGAUAGUUCAGAGGCUUCAAGAUAAUAAGAUAGAUCUCUCAAAACUCAAGUCGGAGUGUGGCGGAUUACAGACUUUAUUCCGGAACCACCCUUCCAUCUUCCAGGUUCAGCAAGGAACGGUUAGACUCCGGGUGCCAGGAACACUGGCGAUUAAGAAGAAAAAUGCGAAGAUAAAAUCCAAGGAUUGUUGGUUCUACCUAAACCACCCUGAUGGUUGUUAUGACAGUACUGAAUCUUGUACUUGGAUUCAUCCAUCCCCUGUUCUACCAUCCUAGCACAGUUAUUUCCUAAUUACCUAAUUACCUAAUUUCAAGAGAACCAUUUAUAGAGUGACAUGUCCAAUUGUAAUUCUUGAAACAAAAAUCCGUUAUUGUAUCUUUAGAAAUCCGCAAGUCCCAGAGAACCCUCAAUUAAAAAUCUAGGAUGCCAUAUUUUUUCAUGAUUAAACAAAUGUUUAAAGGAUACUGUA